AUGGCCACAGUUUCCCUUAGCUUCAACAUCGACGCCCCACGCUGGGACCAGAGCACCUUUGUGGGGCGCCUGAAGCACUUCCUCAACAUCACCGACCCUCGGACAGUGCUGGUGCCGGAGCAGGAGCUGGACCAGGCCAAAGCCCUGGUGGAGGGCUGCAGGGCCGGGCUGGUGCCACCGGGAAGCAGCCAGGAGCAGCUGCUCUAUGCCAAGAAGCUGUACGACUCAGCCUUCCACCCUGACACCGGGGAGAAGAUGAACCUCAUUGGGAGGAUGUCCUUCCAGGUGCCGGGGGGCAUGGCCAUCACCGGCUUCAUGCUCCAGUUCUAUCGGACAGUGCCUGCUGUGGUUUUCUGGCAGUGGGUGAACCAGUCCUUCAAUGCCUUUGUCAACUACACCAACCGCAACGCUGCCUCCCCCAUCUCUCUGAGGCAAAUUGGGGUGGCUUAUGUCACAGCCACCAGUGCAGCCCUGGCCACCGCAGUGGGACUCAACCUCUACACCAAGCGAGCUCCCCCCUUGCUGGCCCGCUGGGUCCCCUUUGCAGCUGUGGCUGCUGCCAACUGUGUCAAUAUCCCCAUGAUGCGGCAACAGGAGAUCAUCAAUGGGAUCACAGUGACAGAUGAGAACAACAACGAGCUCGGCCGCUCCAGGAGGGCAGCAGUGAAGGGCAUCGCGCAGGUUGUGCUCUCCAGGAUCACCAUGGCAGCACCAGGCAUGAUUAUUCUGCCCAUCAUCAUGGAGCGGCUGGAGAAAUUCACCUUCAUGCAGCGGAUCCGGGUUCUCCAUGGGCCUCUGCAGGUGCUGCUGUGCGGGGGCUUCCUCCUGUUCAUGGUGCCAGCAGCCUGUGCCCUCUUCCCCCAGCGAUGCUCCCUUGCACUGGCUGACCUUGAGGUGGAGCUGCGUGACAGUAUCAUGGCCAAGCACGGGGACAAAGUGCCAUAUGUCUAUUUUAACAAAGGACUGUGAAUGGAGACUACCUCAGGAGCCAUCGCACCCCUCUGGCCUCCUGCCACCACCAUUCCCACAUUCCCUGAGCAGGGUCUGAGGCACAGUCCAGCCCAGAUCUGCUCCCCCACCCAGCACCUUCUCUGCAGCCUUCUUCCACUGUAGAAUCAGGAUCUGACUCUGUGUGUCCAGCUUGCAGCACUUUGGCUUGUCCUGACCCAUGCCCAUCUGCUGCUGGCCAUGUCUCAGCCUUUCCAUGUCCCUCUUGCCCUGAGGGAUGCCUGCUCUUCCUGUGCCUUCCUUUGGCCCAGCCUGUCUGGGCCCCAAGAGGCAUGAGGCUCUCUCCCUUGGGGCUCAGAGCACAGCUCUACCUCCAAAAGCUGAUAUCCUGCCAUUGUACCAGCAACCAAAGCACAUUCCUGCCUUAAACCACCACAGCAGCCUCUUCCCAAGAGAUGGAUCAUGUCUUGGCAGGUGUGAAGGCACCUGUUCUCUCUGCACCAUGAGAGUGACCAUCCCAAAGUCCAGAGACCAAUGCCUGGACUAUGCAUUCCUUGCUCUCAGGUUCAGGUUCUAUUCACUCUGUGUUUGCCACAGGCCAGGAAAGAAAUAGCUAAUUGUUUUUAGCUCUUAUUUUUUUCAUUCCUCUUAGCACUGUCACCCUUGUCCUACAUCUCUGAUCCCCACAAUAAAACCAUGAAAUUGCAGCUUUAGGGGA